CUUUCACUUGUGGUGUGCCUUCAAGUAGAAAUUCUAACAAGGCAUUAGUAGUGCCAAGUGCAAAUAGUUGCUUCCUCUUUUGUAAAAGUUCAUAAGCUGCAGUUUUCAUUUUGCUAAAAUCCAAGCUUGUUUCCUUCAUCGUAAAGUCAACACGAAACGGUGCUAUUUGCUCGCGAAGAAUCAACAAAUGCUUAAUUUCAAACAAUUUACCGUCAAUGCUUGAUUUAUUAGUUGAAAUGGAUAAUGAAGCAGUCGCAAGACUUUGUAUGCAAUAUGAAAGUGCUUCCUGACUUAAACCUUGAAAAAUUGGACGAUCGACACAACGAUAAAGACGUGAUAAACAUACUAAAGUUCGUCUAACAGUUGGAUACCACAUUCCAUGUAAAUCAGCGGGUGAAUUUCCUGUACGCGAUUUAAAAUGCUGUUCUACUUCAGUUGAUGUAAUUGACAGCAUUGAACUUCUCGAGUCUGCCCUUUUCAAUGGCUGUUGAUGCUCUUGUAAAGACAAUGCAAUACUUUCCAUCAUUUCAAGUUUCUCUGGAUAUGCAAGAUCACCUGCUGAUGGAUUAUAUUGUAAAAUGUCAGAUUGCAGAUAAAGAUGUGCUCUAAAGAUUAAUCGUUCCUGCACAUCUUCCAACAUUUGCUGUAUUAAUUGACCAAAAGCUUCGAGUGCCUCCGGAUUGUGUGCUACGUGUUCAUCAAGCAUUUCUACUCGUAGAAUACUGCAAAUUUCAGCUAGUGUCUCUAAAUGAUUAAUAUGUACGAUGAAUGGUCUAAUAGAGUCAUAUAAUAUUGUACACAGUCCUUCCAUAUAUGAAGUAAGCUGUGCACUCUGUACGGAAAAGAAUUGAUAAAAUAAUCUAUAUUCAUCUUGACAGAUGUGAACUAAGAAGGUGCAUGAAGCUCGAAAUAAAGCACAGUGAUCGCCUUUAUGUUUAGCACAUAAAUCUUUGAUUGCACUGUCAACUCCAGAACUCAUUAUUAUUGCACGCUGUGACAAAUAGAACUGAUGCAAUUCGCUUAGUAAAUUCUCGUACUCGAUGUUCCUUUCGAAUCGUUUCUCAACAAGAUUUAUGACUUUUUUGACUUUUAACGAUGACGCUUGAAACUUUCCAUAAUACAAGGCAAACACUGCUUCAGAUGUCUUAUCUGUAAUCUUGAGUUGUUCUUUCACGGACGAACCUGCUUUGGGAUUCAACACCUGUUCAGUUGCUGUCAGCAGAAUGUGCGUGACAUAAGAUUUUAUCAUUUGAAUUGCUUUUAGUAGACACUGUCUAUAUUUAACUAAAUAAGUAGCACUUUCUUUGUACGAUGGCUUAAAAUAAAAUUAUUUUUGAAUUAUUUAGGUUUAAGGAUGAUUGAUGAAAAACUUACAUGUUCCUUUAAAUAUUCCAUGCUAUCGUCAAUAUUGACAAUUAUUUCGGAAAACUGUGGACUUGCUGGUGAAAAUGUUGGAUUCUGUAAUCGCUGAAUUAGAUGUUCAACUUGUGUAAAAUGCUUUAGUCGUGUCUUAAUAUCAUCACUAAUUUGACUUAGAUGUCGUUGCUCUCUUAUUAGGUUUUCGCUUGCAUCAUUUAAUGAUGACGUUUUUGUAUUAACAAAGUUAUAUUCUGUAAUUAGCUUGUCUAGUCCAGCUAUGCUUGUGUCAAUCUUUUAAUUAUAGUUAUUAUUCAAUUAUAUGGAUUAUGAGAAAGUAAAUUAAUUACUCACUUCAUUUAAUAAUGCAUCACAUUGCUUCGUCUGAUCUUCUAAAUGUCUAUAGUACUUAUGGUACACAUCAUCACUUCUGUCAUCGUUUAUUUCCUCUGUUUUGUCGAACCAUACUAGGAAUUUUGGUAUUGAUUCAAUGACUGGAAUUUCCGUUGUCUCAUCAGUAGAUUCAAUUGCAACAUUCUCUCCCUGCAUGAAUAAUUAAUGAGUGACCGGAAGAAUUAAAAAGAUUUUUAAAGGAAAUACCUUGAUUUUCAAUGAAUUUGAAUUUAUUUCUUCAAUCUGAUUGAUAAUGCUUAGCUGGAAGUCAUCUAGCUUAGCCAGUGGAUCUGUCUUAUCAUCCCAUUUCUUUACUUUUGCAUGCAACACCUUCAUAUUCUCCAUAACUCUAAUUAAUUAAAUUAAUAUUUAUUUCACAAAUAUUUUUGACUUGUUUUCACUCUAGUCUCAAGCCCCACCGACAUUUUAAAUACUUUUUAUCCGUUAUUUUACAUUAUUUUUUUUUUUACUUUUUUUGCUGUCAGUAAGCUACUUAAGUCAUCAGAUAUCAUAUGAAUACUAGGUUUGGAUUAAGAUCAUUAUGAAUUAAACAUUAAAACACCAUUAUUGACAGUAAUAAGCAAUAAAUUUCCUUUCAAUAUUGUAACGUUUAAAAUAUUUUUACUUUUUGAAGCAGGGGAUUAACAACGAUAGGACAGGGGGAUGUAAAACAAUAAAAACGGUGAAAAUUAGAGAAUUGAAAAGAUGGCUUAAAAAAAUUGUAAAUUCUAGUGUAAUUAAGCUAUAUAUAAUCAAUUAUUUGUUUUAAAAGCAAUUAAGUCACCUUUAAGUAUGAUUUAGUGUUGGAGGUGUUGAUGCAAAGUGUGGAUAAAUAACCAAAUUAAUGGACGACACAUAAAAGUUAAUUUCAUUGCUUCAAAAACUUUAUCCGGUUUUUAUUAAGUUAAAAAAUCAAUAAAAAAAGAUCCGUGCGUGAAUUUCUCAAAUAUCAUCGUCACAUUUUAACUAUUUAUAAGCAUAAUCAAUUAGUAUUUGGAUAUGCUACAUAUAGAUUACGACUACUCCAUUGCUUAAUUGUUAAUCAUUUUUUUGGUGUAAAAUAAAAUAAGUUCGUGAAAUAAAAAAGAGAAAAGACAGGCAAGAAAAAAAAAAGUAUAAGAUUUAAGAAAAAGAAACAAUCGUGGUGUGUUGAAAAAAAGGAAAUUGCAAAUACCGAGAAGUAAAGCAACGAAAAGAAGUUUUUUUAAAACUAGAAAGAAACAAUUUUUAAGAGAACACAGAAGAGAAUAAUACAUACGAAAUAUAUAAUAUAAUACAAGAGUAAAAGAGUGAUGAUGACGAAUGAACACUAAAAAAACUAACAUGAGGCUCUUAUUGGCUUCUACCAUAAAAAUUCUUCAUCAAAAUUGAGAAACGAAAACAGCAAAAGUAAUAGUGUGGAAAACAAGAAGAAAAUCUGGAAUUUCGAUUCUCAAUUUUUCAACUUCUUAUUCUUUAUUUCGCUAGAUUUAACGUGAAAAAAUAUAAUAAAACAAAAAUUAACAAAUUGGUCUUAUUUUGACGACAGCCUUUUUUUCGCUAGUUCGUGCUCAGUAAGUUUGAACCAAGGCGAAAAAGAGAGACAAAAUUUUACAUCUGGAUUUGGAUUCAUACUAUGCAACGAAGAGAUCAACGUGACAUGUCUCGACAACAGCAACCAGCAAGUGGUGCAAGCGGCUCAGGAGCACAAACAGGAGCUGCACAACGUGGCGGAUCAUCAAACAUGUAUUCAGCUCGACACUCAGUGAGUUCGACAAGUGGUGUCCUUAUGGUGGGCCCAAAUUUUCGUGUAGGGAAAAAAAUUGGUUGCGGUAAUUUCGGUGAAUUAAGAUUGGGAAAGAAUCUAUACAACAAUGAACACGUAGCAAUAAAAAUGGAACCAAUGAAAUCAAAAGCACCGCAAUUACAUUUAGAGUAUAGAUUUUACAAACUUUUAGGAUCACAUGAGGGAGUCCCGCGAGUAUAUCAUUUAGGUACUUGCGGUGGACGAUACAAUGCUAUGGUUUUAGAAUUAUUGGGACCAUCACUUGAAGAUUUAUUUACAAGUUGUGGACGAAAAUUCUCAUUGAAGACUGUUAUCAUGAUUGCUAAACAACUCCUUCAUAGGAUCGAGUAUGUGCAUAGUCGACAUUUAAUUUAUAGAGAUGUUAAGCCAGAAAAUUUUCUAAUCGGUAGAAGUUCAAAUAAACGUGAUAAAAUAAUACAUAUAAUAGAUUUCGGUUUGGCCAAAGAAUACAUUGACUUAGACACAAAUAAACAUAUUCCAUAUCGGGAACAUAAAUCGUUAACAGGAACAGCUCGAUAUAUGUCAAUCAACACUCACAUGGGUAAAGAGCAGUCAAGACGUGAUGAUUUAGAAGCACUUGGACACAUGUUUAUGUACUUUCUACGUGGUUCACUCCCGUGGCAAGGCUUAAAAGCCGAUACAUUAAAAGAACGAUAUCAGAAGAUUGGUGAAACCAAGCGAGCAACUCCAAUUGAAGUAUUAUGUGAAAACCAUCCAGAAGAGUUUGCGACAUAUUUACGAUAUGUCAGGAGAUUAGACUUCUUCGAGACUCCGGAUUAUGACUAUUUGAGAAAGCUUUUCCAAGAUCUCUUCGAACGAAAAGGCUAUGUCGAUGAUGGAGAAUUUGACUGGACGGGAAAGACAAUGUCAACGCCAGUUGGUUCACUACAAACGGGACAUGAGGUCGUUGUAUCACCGAAUCGUGAUAAACAUACACCCGCAAAUAAGACAAAUAAGGGAGGUGUUGCAUGGCCCGAUGUGCCAGCGAGUAAAGGAACCUUGGGUAAUCUGACGCCUGCUGAGCGGUUAGGCGGAAGUGUGCAGGUGGUAAGCUCAACAAAUGGAGAAUUGAAUGCUGAUGAUCCAACAGCUGGUCAUUCAAAUACACCAAUAACACAGCAACAAGAAGUCGAAAUGGUCGACGACACAAAAUGUUGCUGCUUCUUUAAACGGAAGAAGAAGAAGUCACCAAGAACAAAGUGACUAGAGCAAAAGAGUCCCGAUCGCGAUCAAGCUGUAACCCUAUUGAAAGCAGCAUCGCACUCAAAUUCGCGUCAGUCAUGCCUCAAUCCUAGUCAGGAUUUUAUUCAAGCAUCACAGCAUACAAUUCGAUAUCCAUCGGCAUCUGUUUUAACAUCAACACCAACCAACACACCUACACUUCCAAUAUAAAUUAUUGAUGAUGAACGACAUAAUAUUGAAAAGUUUAAAACAAAAAAAAACAAUUAUUUAAAAAUAAUUAUAAUAAUAUUACAAUUUAUUCAGUUUUCCUCCCUUUCUGCUUCUUUUUCUUUUUGAUUUUAAAUAAACAAACAACAACAAAUGAGAUAAAUCGUCAAAUUUUAAGUAACAUAAAAAAAAAUGAAAAAAUUUACUAAAAAGAAUGAUGAAUGUAAAAAAAUAUGUAAUUGUGGACAGAGCUUUUUGUGCGACACGAGAGCUUUUAAUGAAAGCUUUAAAAAAAUCUUUGUUUACAUAAUUAAGUCUAUUAUUUUGAUCUUUCUGUUAUUUAUGACUCUAAAAGACCUUUGUUCGUUAAAAAAGCUUCUAAAUGUACAUAAGUUAUGAUUUUCUUAGUGCACUAAUGUGAAGUGUGUCUAAAUUUUAUACUAGAAAUAAGCUCAACGGCUCUGUCCAUAGUUAACAUGCAUGAAAAAAAAAAAAUCAAUAUGAUGAUCAAGAUACACGUAAACAAUAUAUUUUUUAAUUUAAUUGUAUUAAAGCUAGUGAUUAUAGGCAAGAUAACAAAAACAAAAAAAAAUACUAUCAAGUCAACAGGGGGUCGUUCAUAAAUGACGUCUAUUAUAAGACGCUAAGAUUUUGUGAGACUUUAAACAAAAGUAGAAUCUAGUAAGAGUUCUGAUUGACGUCACUGAUGAGCGACUCCAAAACAUGAAUGCGAAAUUUAUUCAACAAUGAAGGCAGCGUUUAAUAGCGUGAGCUUUUAGAGAAAAAAAGCUUCCUUAUUGCAAGAUUUAAAUCUACAGUGUGUGCUCGUGUGUGAAAGUUACAAUUUUAUUUUAAUUCAAUUCCUCAUUUUCUUGUUUAAUUUAAUUAAAAGUGAAAAGAAAGAUGAAAGAACUCAGUAAGAAAUACUUUAUUGCUCCACAUUCUUGUAAUAAUCCUUUAAACAGCCAUUUAAUGCAUUUAAACAGUUAUCAUUUUCAUUUUUAUAGACGCAAAGAUAAUUCUGGCUGCAUUAAUAAUAUAAAAUUUAUUGUAAAAAUCACACAUAAAAAUAUUUAUUCCUGAUGUUCAGGUUUAAAACAAUUUUUUUUAAAAAAACAAAAAAAAAUAUUAAUUUCAAUUUUAAAUGUGUAAAAAAACAACAGCAAAAACUAUAAUUAUAUAUAUUUUAAUUUUUCAAAUUAAAAUCAAUCAAUACUUAAGCCACAAGCUCAUGAGUUAUUUUUUAAAUAAAUUAUCAUUAUAACUAUUAUUCAUUAAUAUCAAUUGAUUAUUCAUUAUUUUAUGUUCAACUCUUCAUAAUAUUGUUGAGAAACUCAUUUGAAAUGUUAAGAGAAAAAAAUACGCUGAUAUUUUUUUAAAAAAAUUACUUUUUUUAUUUUAUUACAAUAAAAUAUAUAUGAAUUAUAUGAGGCAACACAAAAAAUGACGAAAUCUUGAUAAACAAUUUGUAGCUAGACAUUUUUUGAUGUAAAUAAUUGAAUAAAAAAAAAACACAUAGUAAAUGCUGAGUAAUAAAAUGAGAAAUAAACCUUUUCAAUAGUUUAUAAGACAAAAUUCAUUUGACAAGAAUGAAGGAAUUUCCAAUAGCAUGUUUUAAAGAUUCAACAAAAGAUCACUGAUACAUUUUAAAAUAAUCCGAUUGACAAAACCUUUAAAACAGAAUUUUGAAUUUAUGCUUAAAAACCUCACAAAUGAUGUCAAUAUUAACAUUUGUAUGGGUUUCAAUUCAAAUUUUGAUUUAACGGUUUUUUAAUAUAUUUUUUAAGAAAUUCUGAAAACUUUAGUCUUAAUAAAUUUUCCAUUUUCCUCAUUGUUUAUCCAUACAAAACGAGAACUUGCAUGCUUUCAUGAACAAAAGAAUAUUCGUUUACACUCAGUCCAUUUCGCUGAUUAAGUUAAUUCAUUGAACAACGUUUAAAUUUAUUUUUCCUCAAAAUUCAAAGAAAGUUAUAUGGAUAUGCCAAAUAUUGCAUAAAGAAUAAUUUGUUUCGGUUAUUAUAGAAAUUGUACGAUAGGCACACGAGGAUGAUAAAAUUGUUGUUUCUUUUUAUUUCAAUAUAUUAAGAACAGUGAUGAGUUCAUUUUUUUUGAAGAUGAUUUUUCAAAGAAAAGCGUUAUUUUGAAUAUUAAUUAAAGUAAAAAAGAAUAUAAAAUUUAAUAGUUUAAUUGACUGCGCUUUUCCCCAAAAGUACUUUAAGUAAAACAAAAAUAAUAAUGAGAUGAAAAGGAAAAAGUUGUAGUAAAAAACAUUCUUUUUUAAGUUGUUCAAUUUUUUUUUGCAUACGAUUUAAUUUAAUUAUUAUCAAGAUAAAGUUGAUAAAAAAAUGAAAAUUAAUCAUUAAGAUGAAAUG